AUGCAUCGCACAACAGCAGCAGCCCUCCUCGCCAUGCUGGGCACGGCGACGUCCUCCCCCGUCAACAUCUCACCGCGCCAGGCCGACUUCUCCGCCAACACGCAGAACGGCCUGCAAGGGGGCCAGUGCGCGAACAUGAUCGUCGUCUUCGCCCGCGGCACCACGGAGGGCGGCAACGUCGGCACCAUCGCGGGCCCGCCCUUCUUCCAGUCCCUGGCGACCCAGGUCGGCGGAAACCUCGCCGUGCAGGGCGUCGAGUACCCGGCCGACAUCCCGGGCUUCCUGGCCGGCGGCGACGCCAACGGCUCCCAGGAGAUGGCCACCCUCACCCAGCAGGCCAUCACCAACUGCCCCAACUCGGCCGUCAUCAUGUCCGGGUACUCCCAGGGCGGCCAGCUCGUGCACAACGGCGCGGCGAUGAUGCCGGCGGAUAUGGUGGCCAAGGUUGCCGGUGUUGUGAUCUUCGGUGAUCCGCUCAACGGUCAGGCCGUCCAGGGCGUCGACGCUUCCAAGACCAAGGUCAUCUGCCACAACGGCGACAACAUCUGCGAGGGCGGCAACCAGAUCCGCCGCGCGCACUUGACCUACGGUAACGAUGCCGACGAGGCCGCCCAGUUCGCCGCCUCAAUGAUGGCGGCUGCCGCGCCCGCUGCUCCCCCUGCCGGCGCGUGA